GCAUCACGUCCGCGCAGAGUCUCCUCCAGUCGGCGGCCCAGAAGGACCGCAAGGACCCCGGCCACUUCCAGGAGGACCCCGGAGAACCGAAGGUACCCGUCGACGAGCAGCGCCACCGCGACCCGCGCGUCCGCCAGCAAUCCCCGCCAAGCUGAUCGUCGAGCUGGUCGUCGAGCUGGUCGCCGCGCCCAGGGUGCCGACAGUGCCGACAUCGCCAUGGGGCUGACGUACGAGCCGCUGGACUCGGCCGUGUCGGAGCGGCUGGACUCGCUGUUCGGCUCCAAGGACUGCCUGAUCGAGGUGAACCCCGGGCACGUCAUCAUGCCGCCCCGGUACCAGGACAUCGGGGACCGCAUCCGCGGGCUGAAGGUGCGCACGGACGACGUGUGGGUCGUGUCGUACCCCAGGACGGGGAGCACGUGGACGCAGGAGAUGGUGUGGUGCAUCGGCAACGACCUGGACUUCGAGCGCGCCAAGACGCUCAUCCAGCAGUUCCGCACGCCGCGAAUCGAGUUGACCGCGCUGCUGGACGCCAACCAGGACGUGUUCGCCAAGGAGCUGGGCGACACCGUGGAGAUGGUGGAGAACAUGGCCUCGCCGCGCUACAUCAAGAGCCACCUGCCGUGGGACCUCCUCCCGGAGCAAAUGUCGAUCGUCAAACCACGCGUGGUGUACGUGGCCCGGAACCCCAAGGACAUGUGCGUCUCCUACUACCACCACUGCCGCCACGUGUACAACAUGAAGGGCACGUUCGAGGAGUUCGCGGAGCUCUUCCUGCAGGACAAAGCACCUGUCGGGCCAAUGUGGAGUCACAUCCUCGGCUUCUGGGAAAAGCGGCACGAGCCAAACAUCUUAUUUUUGAAAUACGAAGACAUGAAAAAGGACCUGCCGGCAGCAAUUAGGAGAACGGCCCAGUUCCUCGAGAAGCAGCUGUCCGAGGACGACGUCAUGAAGUUAGCAGACUAUCUCAGUUUCAGCAACAUGAAGAGCAACCCUGCCGUCAACUUGGAGCUGGUGAUGGCGAAGCGCCGCGGCCCGGACUGCCCCAUCCCCGCCGACGAGGCGCCCUUCAUCCGCAAGGGCGAGGUCGGCGACUGGAAGAACUACAUGAGCGAGGAGCUGGUGGCCAAGUUCGACGCGUGGACCGAGACCAACCUCGCCGGCACCGGCCUGUUCUUCCAGUGAGGGCACGCCACCGUUCCGCUGGUCCUACAUGUGUUCGUCGCCGCGGAGCCACCGGGCGAGGUUCUCCGCCCACGAGCUCCUCGGGUGCCUGCGUGUCAUUUUUAACUUAACUUCUGUACGAUUAAGUCUGUUUUUCAAUUGUUGUUUGCUGUUAAUUAACUACAUGCGUGUAUGUU